AUGGCGGCGCAGAAGCAGAUCGACACCGUGGCGUUCCUCACCGCCGGCGGCCUGGCGCCGUGCCUGUCCUCGUCGCUCGGCUACCUGAUCGAGGCCUACACCAUCCGGUCGCCCGCCACGCGGCUCAUCGCCUACAAGGGGGGCUACAAGGCGGGGGUCCUGCAGCUCCACGGCGGCUCCCCGAUCGGCAACAGUCGCGUCAAGCUGACCAACGUGAAGGACUGCGUGAAGCGCGGCCUCGUGGAGGAGGGCCAGGAUCCGCAGAAGGUUGCCGCCGACCAGCUCGUGAAGGACAAGGUCGACAUCCUGCACACCAUCGGCGGCGACGACACCAACACGGCCGCGGCCCAGCUGGCCGACUUCCUCCAGUCGCACGGCUACUCGAUGACGGUCAUCGGCAUGCCCAAGACCAUCGACAACGACGUGAUCCCGAUCCGGCAGUCCCUCGGGGCCUGGACCGCGGCCCAGAAGGGCGCCGAGUUCUUCGCGAACGUCGUCGCGGAGUCCACCGCCAACCCGCGGAUGUUCAUCAUCCACGAGGUGAUGGGCCGCGACUGCGGCUGGCUCACCGCUGCCACGGCGAACCAGUACAUGAAGUACCUGAGUAACCACACCAUGCUGCCGGAGCUCUUCGUGGACCACAGCCGCCUCGCGGUGCACGCCGUCUACCUGCCCGAGAUGGUCAUCGACAUCGAGGCGGAGGCGAAGCGGCUGAAGGCGAUCAUGGACGAGUUCGACUGCGUCAACAUCUUCAUCUCCGAGGGCGCUGGAGUCAAGGACAUUGUGAAGGAGCAGGAAGCGAAGGGCAUCGAGAUCCCCAGGGACGCGUUCGGUCACGUCAAGCUCGACGCCGUGAACGUCGGGAAGUAUUUCGGGGACACCUUUGCUGCGAAGAUCGGCGCCGAGAAGACGCUGGUGCAGAAGAGCGGGUACUUCGCGCGCGCGGCCCCUGCGAACGAGGCCGACCGGACGCUCAUCCGGCAGUGCGCCAUGGUUGCCGUGGAUUGCGCUUUCCAGCGCGUUGGCGGGGUGAUGGGCCACGACGAGGAGGACGGCAGCAAGCUGAAGGCCAUCGCCUUCGACCGCAUCAAGGGCGGCAAGUGCUUCGAGCUGGCAACCCCCUGGUUCGUGGCCCUGCUCGAGUCGAUCGGCCAGCCGCCCAGCAAGGUGGCGGACCACGUCGUGCCCCCCGCGGGCCACUCCAGCAUGAGCUCCGGGGAGCACGGCAUCUUCGGGUUCGACGGCGGGGACGCCAAGUUCCGGCCGCCCGCCCGGGCGGGCGCCGCGAAGCACUCGCUGGAGGAGGCGGGCAUGGCCGUGCCGGAGUCCCUGGGCGCCUGAGCGCGCCCGGGCUUUUGGUUCGGGGGGAGGUUUUUGUUCUUUGCUCUCUCGACUCGGACAUCCUGCUCAACUAGCAGCGUAUCCGAGGGCAUGGGGUCGCCGCUCGCACGCUCCCUCCAUCU